CCUAAACACCUCUACUGUAUUCACACCCAAUACAAAGUAGUUGGUCGACUCACGAUCCCUACUUCCAAUCAACGAUCGCUCUAAUCAAGCGAAGAGAGAGCUUACCAACUUUGAUCUACGUCUCUCAGAUAGUUUUCCAGCAACGAAAAACAUGGAGUUGAUGAAGUGGAAUUGGUGGUGACGUAGUGGAGGAGAAAGAAUAAGACAUGCUGAAAAAUAUACAUUAACAGUCUGACAAAGAGUGUGAAGAAGAAAGAAAUUUGAAGAUUGAAGUCAUCGUUGCUUAUGCCAAUGAGUUUGUCCACCAUCUCGCCCGAGAAGGAAGAAACAUGAAGACUCAUCGAUUGAAUUAUAGUAUUUAUCUCAACGUGCACAACCAUGUACAUGUUGAGCUAUACUUUUAGUCUCGCUUGCUAGGAGCGUGCAUGCACACUUAAAUUUCUCUAACACAAUAUUCGUGUAAAUAAAUAUUUAAAAAACUUUAUAUUUGGUAUUGUUUAAUUUUAAUAAUAUUUUGAUAAUUGUCCUAAUAGAGCUAUACAUAAGAAACUAGGAAAGGAUAAGUGUAUUGACCAUUGAACAAACUCGGUUGUUACUUGGGCUUGUUGCCAAGCAAUUUUUUUUUUAUGAUAAUUCCAACCCAAGAGGAGGGGAAGAAGCCCAGCCCAAUCUGUUCACCCGAGUUCCACAAUCUCGUCAUCUUCAGUUUCCUUCUCUUUCAUACCUUCCUUACCUUCAGAUCCAGAAGCCUUGAAAGUUAAAACUCUCUCAGGUAGAAAAGCGGACGUCCGAGCUCCUGCGCGCCCGUAUCUGGAUCGGAUCAUACGCGAAGGAACUAGUUGCGGGAAUCGCUCAAUUCCCAAAUCUAUCAGUCUACAGCAAAAUGGAUUUUAGCCAGACGCCUGGCGAAAACUACGCCAAUCCCAAGACUUGCUUCUUCCAUGUGCUCUUCAAGGCUGCAGCGCUGGCGUUUUAUAUACUAUCCGCUCUCUUCGUUGAUAGUUUCGUCAUUAUCUUUGUGGUAACCGUGGUGCUUGCUGCUCUUGAUUUCUGGGUAGUUAAGAAUGUCAGUGGGCGGAUUUUAGUUGGACUCAGGUGGUGGAAUGAGAUCAAUGAAGAUGGUGAAAGUGUUUGGAAGUUUGAGAGCCUUGACCAACAGUCACUGGCUCGGAUUAACAAGAAGGAUUCUUGGCUAUUCUGGUGGACGUUGUACCUUAAUGCAGCUGCUUGGAUUGUCCUUGGAGUAUUUUCUGUGAUAAGGUUUCAGGUGGACUAUGUUCUGGUGAUCGCUGUCUGUUUAAGCCUCAGCAUUGCCAACAUAAUUGGUUUUACCAAAUGUCAGAAAGAUGCCAAGAAGCAGAUCCAAGCAUUCGCAACUCAGACGAUCUCAUCUCGUUUUUCAUCAACUCUGCAGUCUGCCUUCAGCGUGGUCUGAGUUAUCUGGACUCUGAACAAAAAGUUUCGAUGUUAUAUUUUCGAGCAUUCCGUCAAUGUAUGCAACAUGUCCUUUAUCUAGUGUCAGUAGCAGAUGAAUCGUCACAGCCCUAGUUUCUCAAAGUCCAUUUCCUGGAAUGUGUAAAAAAGAAAGCAUCACAUAUAUACGAGGCAAAAUGUAUUGUAAAAGCACUUUGUUCCAACUUCCAAGUACUCCGAGCACAGUCGUAGAUGUGAUCUUGUUUGAAAAGGAUACAAACGAGCUUGCUGCUUGCUCUAGUUUUGAAUCUUUCUUUACUCAUGAAAAAGAACCAUUUCAACGAUGACCAUCGACGAUGGCACUCUUGCUAGACAGUUUAAUCACCUUAUUAAUCCUGAUUAGGAAGUAGAAGUCUACCAUGUGUUUAGAGAGGCUAAUUUUGGGGUGGUGCUUAAAGGCACUAAUCCAGGGAAGUUUGGAGACUCUGUCUAUUCGGUAGUGCUGAAUACAUCUGGACAGCAUAAUGGGAAAUUUAAGAUGAUCAUAAUGGGAAAUUGCCAUCCAGCUGUCUCAUGAUCGAGGUUUCCGACCAAAACACAUGAUCAAAGAGGAUCCCUUGUCCUGUUCUUUAGUGCCUGGAAUCAAUGACCAAAACCCAUUCAUGUUUUAUAGAAAUGAUAAAAUAAAAUUGACAUCAUGAUGACGACACAGAUGGUCUCAUGAUGCAAAGAACAUACAUUGUUUACAUCAUGAUGACGACACAACCGGUAUUAUGCUAUGGUCAAAAUUCGAGAUACCGGGUGAUCCAACCAGAAGCAUACAUUCCUAUCUCUUAAUUAAACCGUGCCUUUUUAACCUAGAUUAUUCAAAAAAAAAAAAAAAUUCUUGGUAAUGUUUUUAGCUGACUCGUUCGCCUUGUUCAUUCACCAUCGUGAGAUAACCCAACCCACAACUUCUCUGUGCCUUUACUUAUUCUUCGCCGACGAAUACUAGGUCGGUAGACAAUUCAUCAGCGACACGACGAGCUAGACGCAAGGUGCUGAUGUUAUUCAGAUCGGGGGGUCACCAAUACAACAUUCAUAAGCGA